GGUCUCGCAGGCAGAGCCUUGCAGCCAGCUGGAGGGAAGGGAGCACAAGGGGAAUCUCUGCGCCCUGGACAUCCCUCCUCCAAAUGAGCUGUUCUCCCCUUGGAUCUUACACUGAGACCGAGCCCCAGAAGUGCCCCUCUCCAGCGGCAGCCCUCGCACCCAGCCACCCCCUGCGCCAGGCCAACAGGCUGCCCAUCAGGGUGCUGAAAAUGCUGACUGCACACACAGGACACUUACUGCACCCGGAGUACCUGCAGCCGCUCUCCUCCACGCCCGUCAGCCCCAUAGAGUUGGAUGCCAAGAAAAGUCCCCUCGCUCUACUGGCUCAGACCUGCUCUCAGAUCGGAAAGCCGGAUCCUCCGCCGUCCUCUAAACUGAACUCUGUGACUUCCAGCGGUCUGAGUGAGAAGGAGAGCAGCCGUUCCUCAUCUCUGAAGCACGGCGAGUCUCCUCUGGAGGACAAGUCCAGCUUCAAGCCCUACUCAAAGGGAGGAGAGAGCAGGAAGGAGAGUAGCUCUUCAAAUGGCGGCGGUUCGGAUAAGGCUGGAUUUAGGGUGCCCAGUGGUUCUUGCCAACCUUUUCCUCCUCAUGCGCCAUCUCCGUCGUCAAGAGUGAGCUCUCCUGGACAGCACUGUGACUCUAAAAAUAAUGAAAGCCAAGACAAAAAAGAACCGGAAGUCAUCAAAAUCAACUCAGACGUGUCCCAAGCCAACACUACUCAUACCAGAGCCAGUACUAGCAACUCCAGUGCAGAGUUCAGCCAAAGUGGAGAUGUUACCCCUAGCGGCAAAUCAGAGCCACCAUCCCUUGGAUCAGGCCAUGUGGCACCAGUUUCUCCCUACAAACCUGGACACUCCGUUUUCCCUCUUCCACCCUCUGGCAUGGGAUAUCAUGGAUCCAUUGUGGGUGCCUAUGCUGGAUACCCGUCCCAGUUUGUCCCUGGGUUGGAUCACACCAAAACAAGCCUGGUUGGAAAUCAGCUCUCUGGAACUUUAGGUUUGCCAGGGAAACCACCCAGCUCCAGUCCUCUGACUGGCGCCUCUCCUCCUUCUUUCAUGCAAGGAUUAUGCAGGGACCCGUAUUGCUUGAGCUACCACAACGCCUCGCACCUCGGCUCUAGCGGCUGCUCUACCUGUGUGCACGAUCAGUCGGCCCUCAAGUCUGGAUAUCCGUUAGUUUACCCCAGUCAUCUUCAUUCAGUGCACACCACGUUGUCUUCCAGCGUCACCCCUUCCCUGCAGGGUCAUCCUCUCUACACAUAUGGCUUUAUGCUCCAAAACGACCCAGUCCCCCAUAUAUGCAACUGGGUGUCUGCCAGUGGACCUUGUGACAAAAGAUUUGCCACGUCAGAAGAACUUCUUUCCCACUUACGGACACACACGGCCUUGCCUGGAGCCGACAAACUUUUGGCUGGUUACCAUACAUCUGGUUUGGGAUCUGCUGCUUCCUGCCACCUACAUCUUCCUCCCACAGGGCCUGGAAGUCCUAACACGUUGCCGGGGUCUCUGUCUUUAAGGAGUCCUCACACUUUGGGACUAAAUAGGUACCAUCCGUACGGAAAGAGCCACCUAACGACGCCCAGUGGUCUCCAUAUGCCCUCAUUACCAGCAGGAUCUUACUACUCCCCAUACGCUCUAUAUGGACAGAGGUUAACGUCAGCCUCAGCGCUAGGAUACCAGUAAAUAGAACUCGCCACCCAUAGACUGUAUAUUUAUUUACUGUAUGUUAGCUUCAAGCUGGGAAUAUUAAGUGCAUUAUUUACAACAAUCCAAUGGUAUGCAAACAUUCUGUGCCCCCCUAACAGUUCUUUUGCAUUAUCAUUUUGUCUUCCAUUUGGCCUAUUUUUUUCUUCCUUUUUUAUGUUUGUUUUACUUUUGUCUUACUUUUUAUUUUAUAAUUUUUUUUUACAUUUUUUUUUUCUGUUUUGCAUGAUACUCAUUGCUUAAUCCGCCCUUUCAUUUAUUUCCCUGUCUUUUAAUUUUAUUUUAUUUUUUUAGGGAGGGUUAAAAAAUAAAUAAAAAGCCUCGCCCUCCUUUUUAAUUUUGUACAGCUCUAAAGAAGUGUAUUUUUUGUAAUGUGUUCUUGGCAUGGUGGGAGCGGGUGGGAGGAAAGAGUCGAGGAUAAAAAAAAAAAUGCAUUGGUUGCUAUCCAGAAUUGGCAAAUCUUAUUUUGUUUAAUAAAUGAAAAUUUAAUUAUC